GGUGCGGCGGUGCGGCGCUGUGGUUUGUGGCACUCGGAUGCAACGUGUUCGUGGCAUGUGCAGUGUUUGGCAGCCAGUGGUCGUCUCUGUGAAUCUUAGCUAGUCGAUCGUAUGUCCUGUGUGUCGGGCAUUAUUGUUAUUAUCAUUAUUAAUACGUGUUGGUGUGGGCCUUUGUGGAAGGGGUAGUGUGAAGUGUUUGGGCGGUGUGACACUCAACAGUGCCAAGUGUCGCCGCGCCCUGCCUUGCCCUCUCACUCAACCCAGGAUGCUGCUUGAGCCAUUAUGCUGAGUCAACAAAGCACACCAACCGCCAACAUGAACGCCCUGGGGACUGUGUACGCGACCAAACGCCGCCGACGCAACGGGAAAAGUAUAAAGCCACAGCCCAAAGACGGACAGACGAAAAGCAAUCCUUCGAAACGGCACAGAGAGCGGCUAAACGCUGAACUCGACACCCUAGCCAGCCUCUUGCCUUUCGAACAAAAUAUACUGUCAAAGCUCGACAGACUAUCCAUCCUUCGCCUCUCCGUGUCGUAUCUGCGGACGAAGAGCUACUUUCAAAAAAUUUAUAACCUGUCUAAGUACAAGUUAUAA